CCCAAGUAGAGUCAGUCUGCUCACAAACGCGUUCUACAGAGGAAUAUAUUGCGUCUAUUUUUUUCACAUAAAUGAAACAAAAUAUCUUGAAAAUUACAAUUUAAUUCUUUAAAUAACUUAAAAAAAGUACUUUUUACCAUCACAGUUUAGAGAAAACUGAAAUUAUUAUUAUUAUUUUUAUAAUUUUCCUUUGUGAAAUUAUCAAAGUAUAUAAUUUUUUUUUUUUAAAUCCCAUGGUGAAUCUGUGCGAUUUUCGAGACCCUAACUAAAACGACGAGAACGAUUCCAGGAAGGGGAGAAAAGGGGGGAGUGAUACGUUUUCUUUUUUUUGUGCCCUUUUAGGAUGUACAGUUUUGUUUUGUGUUUAAGUUCAAGUGUUAAAGUGAUUUUUUUAUUGUAGCCAAUAUUAUUGGCAGGGAAAAGACGCGAUGUAAACAAGACAAAAAAAUUGGGAAUUUCAAUUUAGUGAAACACAUGGGAAUUAGAUCGACUAUUCUGUACUGUUUGAGCAAGAGAACUCGCGUAUACUAGGAGCAAAAAAAAAGAAAGAAAAAAAAAGUCUUGAGAGCAAGCUGUUUCAACUCCUCGAAGAGGAUGUAUCCAGGGAACGAAUCUCACAGGUUGGCCGCAACGAGGAGAUGAAAGGCCUGAAUGGAGGCCGAGGAAGUUGCAGAGCCCCCCGGGGCUCCGAUCGACAUAUCUUUGCUAACGGUUCGUAAAAUCGUUUCAAACGAUUUUUAGUCAGCUUUUUUUAAUCAAGAAAACCUAACUUUAUCGCCUAAAAAAAUUUCAUAACCAACGAAUCACAAUAUAAGGAAGAUCGGAUCGGAAGAUUUUGAGGAUUUGAGACUAAUAAUUUAAAAAAAAAAAAAAAAAUGGCAGCGCCUGUGAUAGAGAAGAAACGAUUUUUCUGUAGGGAGUGGGCCUUUACAAAACUCUCACAUUGUUUAGAGCAAAGGCCCGCAUCAAAAACAUGUGGAGCUUUAAUUGUCGGUGGUCCAGGAAGUGGAAAAACGGCACUCUGUGCUGAAUUAGCAUGGCCUUCACAGGGAGCAAGUGGACGUCAUCAAAGGUCAUUAAAUAGACGAUUAUUGGCAAGGCAUUUUUGUCAAGCAAGAAGUGCAGUAUCCCUUUCACCGGCACAAUUUGUCAGAUCAAUGGUGGCACAACUUUUACAAGCAAGUACCGAAGGUAUUCAUUUAUCUUCACCAAAUUCACCAACACAUAGUACAACAACAACAACAUCAUCAACACCCCUAUCGUGGAGGGAGUCUGUUGUUGAGGCAUACGCCGAGAAAUUAAGAACAGAUCCUGAAAUUCAAGCAGCAUUACAACCAGAUGUUGUUGAUAGAGAUCCUGAUGAUGCGCUAAAAAAAGCACUUCUCUUUCCUCUACUUGAAGUUGAACCACCAAAAAAUUGUCUCUUUCUUCUUGUUGAUUCAAUAGAUGAAGGUCAAGUUUUAAGUCCACUACAAUCGGGAACAAGAGAUUCAAGAAGAGAAAAUGAUGGUGUUAGUAAAACAAUUGCUGAACUUUUGGCGAAUCAUCAUCAUUUAUUUCCACAGUGGCUUCUAUUGGUUUGCACUGCACGAAGGCAAAGUAAAACAAUUUCACGAAUGUUCACUGGAUUUAGAAAAAUAUCACUUGACGAUUUAAGAAAAUCCCAAGUUGUACGCGAUGUACAACAAUAUAUUUUGGCAAGACUCGAUCAGGAAGAUACGCUAAGACAACAUAUAUCAAGAGACACUGCUGAAAUGCUUAAUCAAUUACAUAUUAAGAGUAAUGGUUGUUUUUUGUAUUUGGAAAAAGUCCUUGAUGGUGUGUCGGAGAAUUUUAUUGUAUUACGGGAAGUAAGAGAAAUUCCUGGUACCUUAAAUGGACUCUAUUUGUGGUUAUGUCAAAGACUGUUUAGUAGGAAGCAAUUUGCCAAAGUGCAACCUUUGCUUAAUGUUAUAUUGGCCGCCAAGUUGCCAAUCACUCAGGAAACACUUUUCGAAUGUGUUAAAACCGCUAACAUCAGUAUUACACAGGAGGAUUUUAAUCGAAGAUUACAUCUACUGAGAAGGGUCAUAUCAGUUUCAAGAGCUGGAGCACUGAUGCUGUUCCAUCAUAGUUUUGCCGAGUGGCUUCUUGACGUGAAACAUUGCACGCAAAAGUAUCUCUGUUCAGCAACAGAAGGUCAUGCCAUGCUCACUGUUUAUUACACUUUACGAGCACGUCAGUUAAGUGCUGAUGAAAUUUGUGUUCUGGGACAACAUCUUCAGCGUGCAAUGUCCACAGUUGGAAAUUCAAAUUGUUCCCUUGAUAUUCACACUCUUCAAGUUCUUUGGAUGAUUGGAAGCGGUGCAACAAUUCAAGAAUGCUAUCUCGACAGUUCGGAUUGUAUACUUUGGCCCAGACAAGAUACAAAACUACUUAGACUUUUAAUAGAUUCAGGAGCUAAACCCUCUGAGAAAGCAGUUGAAGAUGAAGCCAGUAAAGAAGUCGUUGAUUCUAGUCAGGCAUCACAGGAUGUGAGCCCCAUGAACGAAUCUCCUGGCGAACCCUUGACGGAACUACUCGGAGAAAGUGGAGACAUCAAUCAAGCAGAUUCGUGUGGACGAACUGUUUUACAUACGCUCGCCGCUGAUGGAAAUGCAUCACUGAUGGAAUUGGCCUUAGCUGCUUGUCCUCAGGCCAAGUUGGAAGCUACCGAUCGACAUGGACAAACACCUUUAAAUCUAGCCGCAAGACAUGGCUAUUCGGAUGUUGUGAGAGUUCUUUUAGCAGCUGGAGCUUCUGCCGAUCAUGCUGAUUGCGAUGGAUGGACAGCAUUGAGAGCCGCUGCUUGGGGUGGACACACGCAGGUGGUUGAGCAGCUUUUGGAACAUGGGGCAAAAGUUGACUGUGCGGAUUGGGAUCAACGUACGGCUUUAAGAGCAGCAGCUUGGGGAGGACAUGAAGAUAUCGUGAAAGCACUCUUACAGCAUGGAGCUGACGUUAACAGAACUGACGACGAAGGAAGAACAGCUUUGAUCGCAGCAGCUUACAUGGGUCAUAGUGAGAUCGUAGAACAUCUUCUUGACUUUGGAGCAAAAAUCGAUCAUGCCGACAGCGAUGGAAGAACAGCACUCAGUGUCGCGGCUUUAUGCGUUCCCUCUAAUCAUGGAUACGCUAAAGUGGUUACGAUUCUUUUGGAAAGAGGGGCGGCCGUCGACCAUCAGGACAAGGAUGGAAUGACUCCGUUAUUGGUCGCAGCAUUCGAGGGUCACAGAGACGUUUGCGAAUUGCUGUUAGAGUAUGAGGCAGAUGUGGAUCAUUGCGACGCUACAGGACGAACACCAUUGUGGGCUGCUGCGAGUAUGGGACAUGGAUCCGUUGUUGCGCUUCUAUUGUUCUGGGGCUGCUACGUCGACAGCAUAGAUAACGAGGGCAGAACUGUUCUCAGCGUUGCUGCCGCACAAGGUGGCACCGAUGUCGUCAAACAGCUUCUUGACAGAGGUUUAGAUGAACAGCAUAGAGAUAAUUCUGGUUGGACACCGCUGCAUUAUGCUGCAUUUGAAGGUCACGUAGACGUUUGCGACGCUUUGCUGGAGGCGGGAGCUAAGGUAGAUGAAGCGGACAACGAUGGAAAGGGUGCACUCAUGCUUGCUGCGCAAGAAGGACACACGGCUUUAGUGGAAAGACUAUUGGAACAGCACGGAGCACCCAUCGAUCAGCACGCGCACGACGGAAAGACCGCGUUAAGACUGGCAGCUUUAGAGGGGCAUUAUGAUACAGUUAAGGUUCUUUUAUCACAUAAUGCUGAUAUUAAUGCUAAAGAUGCCGAUGGAAGAAGUACACUUUAUAUCCUCGCGUUGGAAAAUAGAUUGGCAAUGGCUAGAUUUUUACUUGAACAUGCACGAGCCGAUGUGGAAAGUAGGGAUUCAGAGGGAAGAACUCCACUUCAUGUAAGCGCUUGGCAAGGCCAUGUGGAAAUGGUCGCUCUUUUAUUGACCGAAGGCUCCGCGGGUGUUAACGCUUGUGACAAUGAAAAUAGGACACCACUUCAUUCAGCAGCUUGGCAAGGACAUGCAGCAAUUGUCAGAUUACUCUUGGAAAGUAAUGCAACACCAGAUCAUACUUGCAAUCAAGGCGCAACUGCUUUAGGUAUAGCAGCACAAGAGGGACAUGAACAUUGCGUGAGAGCUUUAUUAAAUCAUGGAGCUGAUCCAAAUCAUUCCGAUCAUUGCGGUAGAAAUGCUAUUAAAGUUGCUGCCAAAAGUGGACACGAUACGGUUGUAAGAUUACUUGAAGAACAUUCAGCGAAUCAACGAAUUUUAAGGCCUGGUAUUAAUGGAGGUGGAAGUAGUAGUGCAACGUCCGUUACAUCGAAUUCAACAGCCGAGACAAAACCCUCUUCAGCCAUUUUAAAUCCCCUCUCGACACAAUACAGUCCCGCAGAAUCUCCGGAUUCAACAAAAAGAAGAAGCUGCGUUUCCUUGGGCAAUAAUUCUAGCAAUAGUAAAUCCAGCAGUAACUUAACUGGAAGCACAAAAAGCGACCAGGGAAAAUUCGGACCAAAUCCCAUGGUUAAUCAAGUAAUAAAGACACCACUUUCAUUUACGCAACAAUUGCAACAAUGUUCAAGAGGAGUAAAAAGUCGUCCUUUAAGUAAAUUGCUCUCGCCAUUAAAGAGCGAGCCACAAAGUCCCAUCUAUGCAUCACCUCCACAUUCGCCUGUAAGCGAUAGCCUUAUUCCGUAUUCACCGACAAAUACAAGUCCACCUAGUGCACAGACUGCCGCGAGUGUUAUACAAAGUCAACUUGGUGUUUCUCUUUUAACUGGGAAUCAAAGUAUUCAGUAUAAAAUUCAAGGCGGUGGAUAUAAUCACACUUCAGCGAUUUAUGAGCCCAUAAACAUCAAAACCGAAAUAAUUGAAAGAAAUGAUGCGACAAAAGCUUUUGAACUAACUAAUGAAAUGCUGGGUCUUGGAAUUGGAAAAGAAAAGAAAAAUGGACACGAUGACAAAAGGAAUUCGGCGGACACUCAUUUCACACGUGACACACAUAUGAGAAUUAUUUUAGGUAAUAGUGGAGCUGGCGUUGGUCGGAAUGUCAAACAUACACCGGAACAUAUUUCUGGAAGUGCUAGUAACGCGAAACCAAAGCGAAACGGUUUAGUUUCAAAUCCAGCCAUGAGAUUAGUAGCAGGAGUUAGAAAUGGAAUUGAAAAUGCAACAAAUCGAAACAAACCGAUAACAACACGUGUCAAUGGAUUUCAAUGGAAAGCUGAAGCAAGAAAAGAAACCCCUCUAUAGGAUCAGCAGAUAGUCAACUGCGGAAGAAUUUCAAAUCGACGUCGCGGUUGGCGUGAAUUUCUCGACAAAAAGCGAAAGUCAAUAAAUAAAUUUUUCUCAUUUUAUUUGAGCGAAAUCAAAUUAUCCGGAAUAAAGAAGCGGAGAAAAUAAUAAUUAUAAAAAAAAAAAAGAAAAGAAUCUGCGAUACAAGCAUGAAACAUUUAUGUUAACAAAUAAUACCAAAUAUUAUGACGCAUAGAAGUGUAUAUGUAGAAUUUUAGAAUAAGUAACCUACACGAUUCGACUUUGUAUAAAUGUAACGUUAAUUUACUGAUCUCACUAAUAAUAUACGUCAUGUAUGUUGAUGAACAAUUAUUAUUAUUGAAGUCUAUAAGAAAUCGGUAGAGUUCUAAAUACAUAUAUAAUAAUGACAAACUACUUGGAUAAGAAUCGAGAUUUUUUUAAAAGACUGGAUGCAAUUUAGAAUGCACGCGAAAUGGUAUUUAGACAAAAAAAAAAAAAUGAAAAUUUUAGAAACAGACGAAAAAUGUAUAGAAUGUAAAAAUUUAUCAAGAUAAAAUUGUUUGAAUUUUAGAAUUUCGAAGACGAUAAAAAUACGUAAAAUUAUGGCCUCGAAAGCAGAAUGCCUGUGUACAUACACCACUUUAUGUAUUGCACACAAUCAUAUUUAUUAUUAUAAUGUAUUAGAGAUGACAAAUAAAUGUAAAUUCAAGUAAAAA